UUCGACGUGUCACGACCGCGUUUGGCACAUGCAGGGCUGAGCUGGCCGUGUGCAAGGGUGGCGAUCGUUUUGGUUCCCGGACCUGCAUGAAACGUCCGGGGGGAAGGGGUGGGUUGUUGCUUUCGCGCCUUCUUGAUUUAGAGAGCUUGUUUAUUUAAAAUGACGCCAGAGGCAAUGUUGAAAGGGUGAUAUAAGUGGUGUUGUGCCCCGGUAGGAACAUCCUCGUCCAUCGUCUCUCGACCUUCACGCUCAUCCACCCUGUGUUCGAGCGACUUUGCCUAGAAGCGCAGGUAGUUGGGUUCUCCGAGUGUUAUUGCUACAUUGUCGGGCUUUUGUUUGCAUUUCCUCGGAUUGUUCAUACGAUAUCACCCCCCAGUUCUUACCAUGAGGUACGCUCUCUUCACGGGCCUGUUGGCCAUCGCUGGUGUCAAUUGCGGGACGACUUCGGGUGUUUAUCACAUUGAGGACGGUAGCGAGACCGUUGAACACCUGCGCCGCGUUCCUGAGGGAUGGAAUGAAGUCGGAGCUCCGUCGCAAGAUCGCAAGUUGCAUUUCCGCAUUGCUGUACGCUCGGAAAAUCCUGACUUGUUCGAAAGGACUCUCAUGGAGGUGUCUACCCCUAGCCACCCUCGCUACGGCCAGCACUUAGAGCGUGGGGAGCUCAAAGACCUCAUCAAGCCACGUGCGGAAUCGACGGCUGCUGUUCUGUACUGGCUCGAGUCGGCCGGUAUAGAGUCGAGAGACAUUCACAACGAUGGCGAGUGGAUUAACUUCUAUGCUCCGGUCAAGCGUGCAGAAGAGAUGAUGGGCACGUCCUUCAAAACGUACCAGAGUGAAAUCCGUCCCACGAUCAAGAAGAUCCGUUCCCUAAGCUACUCGGUUCCAAAGGAGGUUCGCAGCCAUAUCGACAUGAUCCAGCCGACUACUCGAUUUGGCCAGAUCCGACCGCAACGGAGCAACGUUCUUACCCAGGAAGAAGCCCCGUUUUCAGUUGAGGCGAUCAAUGCGACUUGCAAUACUGCCAUUACCCCGGCCUGUCUGGCCGAUUUGUAUAACUAUGCCGGCUACAAGGCCGAUCAGAAGGCUAAUGUCACUAUCGGUGUCAAUGGUUUCCUCGAGCAGUAUGCGCGCUAUGCCGACUUUGAUCAGUUUGCUGGAUCUUUUGCCCCUUAUGCUGUUGGAAGCAAGUUUAGUUUCACUUCCGUCAAUGGCGGUCUCCUCGACCAGAAUUCCACCAAAGACAGCGUAGAAGCCAAUCUCGACGUCCAAUACACGGCAGGUCUGGUAGCACCCGCGAUCAAGACCAACUUUUACAGCACCUCUGGACGUGGCAUUCUUGUCCCGGACCUGGAUCAACCAACUCAAGCUGAUAACGAAAAUGAGCCGUAUCUGGACUUCUUCACGUACCUUGUCGGCCUUGAGAAUGAGAAGCUUCCCCAGGUGCUAACAACCUCGUAUGGCGAAGACGAGCAGAGCGUGCCUGCCGAGUACGCUAGGAAGGUAUGUGACCUGAUCGGUCAGCUCGGCACUCGCGGUGUGUCAGUCAUCUUCUCCAGCGGCGAUACUGGUGUCGGGUCAGCUUGUCAGACAAACGAUGGCAAGAACACCACCCGCUUCCUACCAAUUUUCCCUGCCUCUUGCCCGUAUGUCACUUCCGUAGGUGGUACCGCUAGAGUCGAGCCAGAACAGGCUGUUGAUUUCUCGUCUGGAGGCUUCUCCGAUCUAUGGCUGCGCCCAGCUUACCAGGAGGAUGCUGUAUCUGGUUACCUCGAGCAGCUCGGCAGCCGUUGGGAAGGCCUCUACAACCGCGAUGGUCGCGGGUUCCCAGAUGUCGCCGCUCAAGGUAGAAGCUUCCGCGUCGUAGACAAAGGCAGGGAGAUUUCAGUUGGAGGAACUAGCGCUUCAGCGCCUGUUUUUGCGUCCGUCGUCGCGCUCUUGAACAACGCUCGCCUUGCUACCGGAAAGCCUGCCUUGGGCUUCCUGAACCCUUGGAUCUACUCUCAGGGUUAUAGAGGCCUCAACGACAUCGUGAACGGAGGCUCUACUGGAUGCACUGGCAGGUCGAUCUAUUCGGGCCUGAAGGCGCCACUGGUGCCGUACGCUUCGUGGAAUGCCACUGAAGGCUGGGACCCAGUCACCGGUCACGGCACUCCAGACUUCGAGAAGCUUUUGCGAAUCUCGCAAUCUGGUGGAUAUGCUGGACGUCGUGGUCUUGGAGGUAAAUUCUAGGCUCGACGUUUAGCGGAGUUGUUAACGCUUCGUAAUGCGGACGCCGAUGGCGGAUCAUUGAAUCUUAGAACUAGAAUAAUGAAAUAUGAAGCAUUCGCAUG